UUCUCCCAACUUUCAACCGAAAAAGCCAAAGGGCAGCAGAAGGUGCGUUUUAAUUUUUAAUAACUUGUUUGAUGAUUCGAAGUCCAAACAGAUAAGCCUUUACCCGUUCUUCGUUUUCUUCAGGAAAAAAGCUCUCUUUCUCCUGUCCUUCUAUCCUUCAAUAUGUACUUGCAGAGAAGAAAGAGGAGGAUCCCAGUGAAUUCUUUUGACAAAUUAUUUAUGAGAAGAUGAAGCUCACAACACUUACAAGUAUUUUCAAGUAUGGAAAGAAAAACCCAGAAAAAAUGGGUGUUUAAUUGAAUAGUUGAAAGGGAAACAAACAGUAAUUUUCAAUAAGAAAUAAAAAAGGUUCCUCAGAUCUUUUCUUUUUUUGGUUUAAACUGGGCUUUUUGUCUUUAGCAUAUAAAUCAGUUUUCCUGCAUAAAUUAGUUCUAACUUAGGCUUUAUCUCUCUUCCACGCCUUCCUCUUUUUCUGGGUUUUGGGGGUUUUCUUUGACGAUUUUGUUGCAUGCAGGAAUAAGCUGUUUUUAAUUGAUUUUUUCAGGUUUUGAACGGUGUAUGCAUCGGUUCUAGCAGUUGACUGUUUUCGGUGAUUUUAGAGUCUUGGGUCUGUUUCGAAACGAACUUUAAGGAUUGACUUUUGAAGAUCAGAUUGUUUUUAGAACACUUUUAGCAGAAUUCUUUUUCUCGGAGGGGAUUCUGAUGGGGAGCCCCGAUGAGCCCAACGUGCAGGGCAUUGAUGCGUCGGUGGGCGGGUUGGUUUGGGUCCGACGCAGAAACGGUUCCUGGUGGCCGGGUCAGAUUAUGGGCCUUGACGAGCUCUCUGAGGGCUGUCUAGUAUCCCCGAGAUCCGGUACUCCUGUUAAGCUUCUUGGUCGUGAAGAUGCAAGCGUGGACUGGUAUAAUCUUGAAAAGUCUAAGCGAGUAAAGGCCUUUCGCUGUGGAGAAUAUAAUGCAUGUAUUGAGAAAGCAAAGGCUUCAGCAGCAAAUUCUAGCAAGAAGGCAGUGAAAUAUGCACGAAGAGAAGAUGCUAUUCUCCAUGCUCUUGAGAUUGAGAGUGCACGUUUAGGCAAGGAUCAUCCAGACUCUAGAAAAGAUAAUUCUGGUGGUGAUAAGGGUUGUUCGGUCAAACAGUCACCUAACAUGUCGCAUUCUGGGAAAGAUAAUGAGGAAGGAAUGAGUGGGUCUGAGGAUGACUCGAAUUCAGCUCCUGAAUUAUCACAGUCUGGCAUAUCCUUUGAAGAGUCAAAUCUUAUUAAUGGUACUAAGGGGCACUCUAUGAUGAGAAAGAGAAGAAAAACCCCAAAUGAUUCAGAGGAUGACGGAGCAGAAGGAAUCAAACGAAUGAAAGGACUUGAGGAUUUAGGCAUGGGUGUAGGAUUAAAAAGAAAAGUCCAGGCCGAAGGGUUACUGGAGUCUGUUCAACAAGAGAAUGCUUCAUUCUGUGGACCAAACACUAACAACUGCCUGUCUAAUGUGGGUCCCAUUAACCAUUCAUCAUCGCUGAAAAGGAAGAGAUCUCAAGUGGCAAAUUUUAAUGAAAUCCUGAAAAGGAAAAAUCGCCGGAGACCACUGACCAAGGUUUUGGAGAGUACAGCUAUGGUGCCCGUUCCAGUUGCUUGUGAUGAACUUCCAAGCUCAAGUACUUCACCCCCUGACAGUAAGGUUUCAGGAAUGGAUUCUAAUGAAUCACGGAAAAGUAUUUCUGCAGUAAUCAAUAACAACAAUAAUAACAACUCAGAUAGUACUGGAAUUUCUUGUGAGAAUGGUGUCUCGUUAAAUGUUUCAGAACUUGCUGCUGAUGCUUCUCAAACUAAUAAUAAGACAAAAGACGGUGAAAUUUCGAGCAUACCAGAGUUGGCUGGGAAUGAAUCUUCUGACAGACUAUUUGAUGUGCCAUUUCUUGGAGAUGAUAAACCAUCUGCGGAUUUUUCUUCAAUAUUUGUAUCUUGUUCAUCUGAGACGCCUGAAGUUGGUGAUGUGGGAAGACAAGCUGAAGUUGAGGGGCAUAAUGAGUCCGGUUAUACCAGAUCAGUGGAUGUUCGGACUAGUAUUUGCCAGAAGAUAGAGAAAGGUGCAGCAGAGUGGCAGCUGAAGGGAAAGAGGAAAUCGAGGCAAAUAAGUGAAAAACAGAAACAGGACCCUAGAAAAUAUGCUGACAUGGUUGAUGAACCAAAUGCUUAUGUGGCAGGUAUGGAUCACUUGGAUGGAUUUUCUCAGGGCUCUGAUCAGAAAGUUGACUGCAAAGCUGUUGAGGAUCAGCUUGAUGGAUUCAGGGACUGGAAGUCUCGGCAGCCUCGUGUGAGAGGGUCAAUAAUGGUGGCAAAAAUACUCCCUGAUGGUUAUGUGAACCCUCAAAGGUCGCUUCCAUACCGUCAGUCACGCUAUACUGUAAACCCCAGGUAUCAGAUGGCAGAUUUCCCUGGAAAAACAUAUUCUGCCGAAUCAUCAUUAUAUGAGAUUAAGAUUGAUGUGAAAGCGGACUAUCAACCACAACAUGUUCCAUUAGUUUCCCUCAUGAGUAAACUGAAUGGUAAAGCCGUAAGAGGUCACCCUCUUCUAGUUGAAGCUUUGAACGAUGAUUACUAUGACAAUCCGAGUCAAGAAGCUGCUAUGGCGUGCACUAAACCUGAACAUUCAUUGAAGCAAAAUUCAGGUGGACGAGUUCCUAGAAAGCAUAUAAAAUUGCAAUCGCAUCUCCCACCUCGUAAAUCAAAAAAAGCAAAGAAAUCUGGUCUAUUGUCUAAGAAGAUUCGAAGAUUGUCUUCAUUAAACGGUCAGAAGCUAGGUGUGGCCGGCAGGAAACGGGUAGAGGAGAAUCCCAAAGGUGCUGUGAUAGCUUGCAUCCCUCUAAAGUUAGUCUUCAGCAGGAUAAAUGAAGCAUUGAAUGGCUCAGCACGGCCAUCGCACUGAUCGUUAACAUCAAGAAACUCGUGAGCAAGCGAUCUAAGCCACAGUGAAAAUUCAACUAGAAAACCUGG